AUGCAGCUGUAUAAUCUCGGCCUUUUAGUCGGGUCCCUUGUGGCCUCUGUCGGUGCGACAUCCACCUUCUCGCCUGCUCGCCCCCCAGCUGUACCUUUGGCUGUGAAGUCACCAUACCUCAGCACCUGGUUAGAUGUUGGUAGCGAUGGUGGUGAUGGUGGAUAUCUAGCUGGCGAGUGGCCGAAGUUCUGGGAGAACCAGAUCACUGGAUGGUGCGGCUUGGUUCGUGUUGACGGAAUAGCCUAUACCUGGAUGGGCCUGCCUGGAUCGACGACUGUCAACCAAACUGCGCUGGAGUAUACUUCUACAAAGAGCAUCUUCACCAUGAAUGUUGCUGAUGCGGUGGAAAUGAACAUUACCUUCAUGUCACCAAUUACGCCUGAUGAUUUUACACGCCAAUCCCUUGUCUUCUCUUACCUUAACGUUGAAGUGUCAUCCCUUGAUGGCAAGGCUCAUGAGGUGCAGGUUUACGCCGAUAUUUCUGCUGAAUGGGUAUCGGGCGACCGGAGCACAAUUGCUCAAUGGGAGUAUGGCACAACUGGCGAUGUCGCAUACCACAAGGUCUAUCGUCAGACUCAGCUUGCAUUCUCUGAGGUUAACCAGCAGGGCGAGUGGGGCAACUGGUACUGGGCUACCGAUGUUGCUGAUGGCACUACUCAUCAAUCUGGCGAGGAUACCGUUGUUCGUGCCCAGUUCUCGUCCAAUGGUACCCUCACCAAUGGCGUUGAUACCAACUACCGCGCUAUCCAGGAUGACUGGCCAGUAUUUGCAUUUGCAUCCGACCUAGGCUCCGUGUCCUCGUCUCCUGUCAGCACGCUUUUCUCCAUUGGUCUCACCCAAGACGAGGCAGUGCAGUAUGAGGGUGCCUCUGCCUACGCUCCUCUGCAGUCCUUGUGGAAGGCAUACUUUGACACCGAGUUGGAGGCUUUGUCUUACUUCCACAAGGACUUCAGCGAGGCAAGCACCCUGUGCAGCACGUUCGACAACCAGGUGGCUGCGGACUCAACUGCUCUCGGCGGCACCGACUAUCUCGCACUCACUUCUCUGUCGGCGCGGCAAAUGUUAGGUGCUACUCAACUCUGUGGAACAGAAGACGCGAUGUACCUGUUCAUGAAGGAAAUCUCGUCCGAUGGAAAUCUCAACACCGUUGAUGUCAUGUUCCCAGCUUACCCAUUUUUACUCUACACCAACCCAGAGUUCCUCAAAUUGAUUAUGGCUCCGCUGUAUGAGAACCAAGAAGCUGGAAAGUACCCCAACGACUGGGCUAUGCAUGACAUGGGCUCCAACUACCCAAAUGCUACCGGCCACAAUGAUGGCAACGACGAGAAGAUGCCUUUGGAGGAGUGUGGAAACAUGGUUAUCAUGACCCUGGCGUACGCGCAGAAGGCCAAGGACACGGAUUACUUGUCCAAGCACUACGGCUUGCUUAGCCAGUGGACUGAGUACCUUGUCGCCGAGGCGCUGUACCCGGCAAACCAAAUCUCAACGGAUGACUUUGCUGGAUCGCUAGCAAACCAAACCAACUUGGCUUUGAAGGGUAUGAUUGCCAUUGAGGCUAUGGCUGUCAUUGCCAACGAGACGGGCCACACCGCCGACGCCGCCAACUAUUCCAGCAUCGCCCAUGACUACAUUACCAAGUGGCAGACCCUGGGCAUCAACCAUGAUGCCUCCCCGCCCCAUGCCACUUUGAGCUACGGCAACGCGAGCAGCCACGGCCUUCUGUACAACCUCUACGCUGACGCCCAGCUGGGCCUGGGUCUCGUGCCGCAGUCUGUUUACCAGAUGCAGAGCAACUUCUACCCUACCGUGUUUAAUACAUAUGGUAUUCCUCUUGACACUCGCCACACCUACACCAAGAGCGACUGGCAAUCAUUCGUCGCAGCUAUCGCGUCAACCAGUACCCGAUCCCAGAUCUUUGACCACCUAUUUGCCUGGAUCAACAGCACCCCAACUAACAAGGCACUGACCGACCUAUACGACACCCUCACUGGAGACUACACCUCUGCAAACUUCUUCGCUCGACCCGUAGUAGGCGGCCACUUCGCGCCCCUCCUGGUCACCGCGUAA